ACAAGUUAGGUCUUGCCCCCCUUCAGGUAAAUCCUAAUUUCUUUCGCAUCCUUUCGGCACUGUUGGUGCGCCGGAAAUUAGAGGCUCUGGAUUUGACCUUUGCCGACCUUCUGCUUACUUACAAUAUAUCUAAGCAUGGGACCGAGCCUAGUCGCUUCUUUUUUACCUCUCCCCUUCAUCAGAGGAUAUGCACGAACCUUCCUUCAUCCGAAAAGAAGUGGAAAGAAAGGAUGGUUAUAGUUAAAGGAAAAUGGUUCGUGCCCCAAUCAAUUACGCUCCCUAUCCCGCGCAAGUUCGGGAAAUUAGGUAUAGAAUACUUAACCUUCCUUCAUACCAAGUGUUCUGGCUGUUUUCCUUGCCAAGUCUUAAUGUUUCGCCGUACUUAUGAGUUUCUUGGUGUUUUUUCAGCUACAUUCCCAUCUUCCGCAGCAAGGAACAGACUUUCUUUUCUUGAGGAACGAGUCUGGAGUGACCCCUCGCCUAUCGAGGACCUGCUAACUUCUUCAAACCUCAAGGAUAUUGCCUCCAGUGCUGUUGCUGCAGACCUCAUGGAUCUGUCUCUACCAUCCUUCGACAGUUUCCCCAUGACUGAGGAGGAGAUACGGAGGGCUGAGGCUUUAAAAAAGAAAGCCGAAGAUGCCCAACCCUUGGUCGUUAUUAGAUCUACUGAGGGUGAGGUGGAGGCUGAGGAACCACCAAUGAAGAAAUCUCGCCUCAACCCCCCAUCCUCUGGCAAGGGCAAGGUCCCUUCUAAAAGCAGAGGGAAAAAGGCUGAAGAUGAAGUCAGGGCAUUUGUUCUGGCUGAGACUGGGGCUCCUUGGACUCCUUCCUUCACCAGGGCUGACAAGUCAGUCCUGCAUUCAGGGGAUUCUGUGAUCACAAACCCUUCAGCUGCACUGGCGGUGGCUCGAGGGAUGUGGCUCCCAAAGAACGAGGAAGCCAUCAGCCAAAGGGGGUUGGAACAACUACUCCCCUCUGCCCCGGUCCGGGCCAUAGAGAGUCUAUACCACACCAUGGCCCUCUGCGCCACUGCUGAAGCCCAAUCCCUCUCUAUCAAGAAGCUAGAAAAGGAUCUUGACAAUGCAGAGAAGAGGGCCACCACUGCCUCUACCAAUCUGAAGAUAGCUUCUGAAGCCAAGGAUGUGUAUAAGAGGCAAUUGGCAGCCUCUGAGACUAAGGUGGAUUCUCUUCAGGCCGAAGUUCAACGCCUGACCGAGGCUCUUACUACUUGCUUCAAGGCGGGGAAGCAAAUGCAGGGGCGCUACUCCUGUCUAGCACACCUGGUUAGUGCUAAAGCGUUCCGGUCUGGCUAUAAUCAGGGCUCAGGCCCUAGGACGAUGGAUCCAGACGCUUUUGACAAGCAGGUGGGGGUGCACUUCCCAUAUGAUGAAGGGCCAGAGGCUUUGGAAGCUGAAAUCCGCUUUGCCGAGAUGGUGAAGGCGCACCUGAAGGGUACUCCUAGCUCUUCUGCCCCUGCGGCAUCAAUUCCUCCUACCCCAAGUCCUACUGUAGUGGAUGCUUUUGAAUCUACUCCCUUCGAUCUGAAGAGGAAGUAGAACCAUGUAUUUUGUUUUUAUUGACAGUAUGUUUGGGAUAAUGAAUAUAAUUUUUUGUUUUAGGCUUUCAAUACCUGAUUUGUUUUUGCUGUAUGCUUUUGAUACUGUUCAUAUUUUUCUGACUGGUAAUGUGUUUAAACAAAACACAUUGUCUUUAUGCUUCGGAUUUAUGCUAUCCGAGAAAAAGCAAGGAUGGUGGGAAGAAGGAGAUCCUUUUAACAGUUUAGUUGAUA